GUUUAUUUGUUGACUGUGAACUCUUUGUUCCGUUGUGUUAAAGCAGCUAAUAUACAGUGAGUCGUGAGUGAAAAAUUGGUAGAAAUAGACAAUAAUUAAAGACAAGUGUGUGUAGUUUGUGGCAGACCAUACUGGAAGUAAUCCAACGUGAGUUUUCGUGUUUUUCCAACUCGUUCGUCGUGCUGCCAGUUACUGAAAUGGAUUUGGUUGGCUCAGAUCAUUGUGAGGAUCAGAACCCGGAUGUCGAUAUCAGUACAAGUAGCAAUAGGAUGUCUGAACCUGCAGAGAUCAUCAUUGAAUAUGAGCACACCUUCACAAGUACCGAUGCCAAAAUUGGACAUUCUACUCCUAAGCGGAAAAGGAAUGAAUCUAUGAGUGCUGCAGUUAGAGAUGGAGGGCUGAAGAGACUGACAAGUCCUCAAUCAGACAACUGUGAUGUCUUGUCAAUAUCUUCAACUACAGUGACAGCAUCUGAAUGCAAUAUAAGUAACAACUCUGACACUGUUUUGGCAAGAAAUGAUAGUUCAAUUACUCUGUCGGCCAGCUCAUUGUCAGCAACAGUUACUGCAAGCUCUGAUGAUGAACCUAGAGAACUACCAAGCAUCUCGGGGAAAAUGACUAGGCAUAGGCAAAUAAUGCAGCAAAGAUCCAAAAUGCAUAAGCAUGUAUGGAACAUUUCUGGCAAAACUGUAGGUAGCGCAGAAAAAACAAUAGCGUCUCUGAAAAAGAAAAUUAAAAAUCUUCAGCAGCAAAAUCGCAGACUGAAGUCUAAAGUAUAUUCCCAGCAAUCAUUAAUGGAGUAUUUGAGGGAGACAUGUGGUUUGACGCCAAAUGCAGGACUAGUUUUGAAUGCAUCAGUGGAUGAUGGCACAAAGGAAAUUCUGAAACGAUUUAUCAAGGGGAAGUCAAAACAAAAAUAUAAUGCUUCUCUCAGAGCUUUUGCAUUAACUUUGCAUUUUUAUAGCUCAAAAGCUUACGAUUUUGUGAGAGAGCAAUUCAAUAAAAGUCUACCACACCCCCAUACUCUAAUAAAAUGGUACCAACGGAUAAAUGGUGCACCUGGCUUCAGCAUGGAGGCAAAAAACAACUUACUGUGUAAAGUACAAACGGAACAGAAGCAUGGCCGUAAAGUUUUGUGCAAUCUGGUCAUGGAUUCAAUGGCAAUUAGGCGGCGAAUAGAAUGGAAUGGCCAAAAGUGGACAGGAUACAUUGACUUGGGUUUUGAUAUGGAUGGAGAUAAACUUCCUGAGGUUAAAGAAGCAUUGGUUAUGAUGCUAGUGGCUAUAAAUGGCAAAUGGAAGCUACCUGUAGGAUACUUCUUCAUCAAUGGUCUAAGUGGAGAGGAACAGGCAAACUUAGUAUCAAAUCUUCUUACUUUUAUUCACGAUACAGGUGUUAUCAUUUGUUCAGUAACAUUUGAUGGGGCCUCUCAAAAUAUUUCGAUGAUAAAACACUUGGGAGCUGAUCUGAAAAUUGUAAACUUAAAAACCUGGUUCCCACAUCCAGUUGAUUCGCACAGGGUGUACGUUUAUCUCGAUCCAUGUCACAUGCUAAAAUUAAUCAGGAACUGCUUAGCAACUUAUAAAAAUUUCAAGACAGAUCAAAAUGAGUUAGUUUCUUGGGAAUACUUUGAAAAGUUGGUAAACAUUCAAAACAAUGAAGGCUUAAGAGCUGCUACCAAAAUUAAAGAAAGACAUGUGAAAUGGGAAAAUGAAAAAAUGAAGGUAUGCCUAGCAGCACAAACAUUCAGUAAAAGUGUUGCUGAUGCACUGAGGUUUCUGGAAACAGAUUUAGGUUUGAAAGAAUUUGAAGGUGCUUCAGCAACUGCCAACUUUGCUGAAAUGAUAAAUAAUAUUUUUGACAUUUUUAAUAGUAAUUCGAGAUACUCAAAAUACGAAUUCAAACAAGGCUUAGAUGUCAAUAAUGCUCAGCAGAUAUUUGUAUAUUUGGAACAGUGCAAGACAUACUUUGAAGGUCUUAAGACAGAAACAACCCCAGUACUUCAAUGCAGAAGGAAAACGGGUUUCCUGGGAUUUUUGAUUUGUAUGGCUAGUUUACAGCAAUUUUAUCUAGAAUAUGUCAUUGAAUUCAAAUACUUGAAUUACAUAUUGACAUACAAGCUGUCCCAAGACCAUAUUGAGCUAUUUUUUAGCGCAGUGCGUAGUAAGGGAGGAUGUAAUAAUAAUCCAACUGCUCGACAAUUUGAAAGUAUUUUCAAGAGAUUACUUUUGCAUUGUGACAUUAAGGGCUCCAAGUAUGGAAAUGUUGUUUCACUGGACAACACUAGUAUUCUAGGCACUACAUAUAUCAACACUUUGACUAAAACUAAUUGUGGCAACAUUCUUUCAGAGAAUGAUGAUUAUAUGGAGAAUACUACAGAAGUUUUAAUAUUUGGUAGUUGUUCAUUACAUCUGUGGCAGCUAACUCCGUAUGUCUGUGAUAUUGUCGCAUACAUAUCUGGCUUUGUGGUGAAAAAUUUGAAAAAGUGUGUAUCUUGUCAUGAAUGCCUGCUGCUAAUGGAAUCCAGUGAAACACGUUCUUUGUUGCAAAAAAGGAAGCAAUGUGGCAACUUAACACGAGCUUCUAAUUAUGUUAUAAAAGUCUGUGAAGAAGGGGAGAGGUCUGUAAGGUCCUUGAAAGCCAUUUCCAGCAUAUUUAGCAAUAAACUUGGAAACAUCGAAAAAUACUUAGUAAGCUAUACACUAAGGAAGUUAAAUACAUCAAUAUUUGAAGUAUUUGGUGACCAUGUUCUAGAUGAUAGCUUCGAAAACAAUCAUUCACUGCAGCUGACAAAGAUGAUUUUGGCUAAAUACAUAAGGCUAAGGUUACACCACGAGUCAAAUUUAGCAUCAGAAUUUGGUAGACGAUACAGAAGUGACCUCACAAAAAGCAUACUAUUCAGAAAUCAGUAA